AUGAGUCAAAACAACCCGCUGCCGAGAAGGAAACCAUUCCAAAUCUACGUUCCCAUCCAUCGAAGAAACAACACCCAAUCCGAGAGCGCAUCACCUACGAGACCCAUUGACUCAAUUAGCACGACAACCAUCAACGCCAACACCACCUCUUCACAAGACGAUGGCCUUGUUCGACGAGGACGAGGACGAUUCAGAGCCCCAUCAAGUAGUCCUACCUCUGGACAUUCAUCCGUGCAGUCGCCAUGUAUAAGCAAUGACGACGAACAGCAGCAGCAGCACUCUAUAGUGGAUGAUAGCAAGAGCAGUAGCAGCCAUAGUAACCAGCAGUCAGUAUCGAAUCAUCCAAUGUCAAAUGGAUCUCCUACUACACCCACCAAAAGCACAAUCACCGAUGAGAACCUUGCAACUGCUAUGGAGAAAAGUUUAUCUCUCGAAUCAAAAGAGGAUUGGGAGCAAUUGGAUGAUGAAUUGGAGGAGGAAGACGAUAACAAUGAGCAUCCUUCGACUGCAGGCAAAUCGAAGGUGAAGAAAUCAAUAUCAUCCUCAUCCUCAUCUUCAACAACACCACUACCACCCAUUGAAGCCGGUACAACGAUUCUCGAUUGUUCAGGAUUCCCGGCAUCUUUCAAGACAUACCACAUCCAAGACAUGUUUCGAAUAUACGAGGAUAUGCCUGGAAGCUUCAAGAUUAAAUGGAUGGAUGACACUCGAGCGUUAAUUAUUUUUGGCAGUGCCGCUACAGCAAAACGUGCUUAUAUCGAUAAUAUUAAUAACCCAACGGCCAAGGUAAGGCCCUACACUGGCGCCGUUGAAUUCACAGCAUCUACAAAGGGUGAGCCGAUACCUCAGAGACCCGUGACCACGGAUAUGGUAGCAAGACGACUCGUGCAUGGUGCUCUCGGUAUGAAAAGACCAACUCGAACCCGUGAACAACUCCAGCAAGAAAAAGAUAUGCUUCAAUCCAUACGAGAACAACGCGAAGCAAAGAAGCAGCAAGCAGCUCGUGAGGCAAAUGAGAUAUCAAAUGCGUUUUUUGGAUAG